CUGUCCAUGUUGGAGACCCAACGAAACCUAAUUUUGUACUGAAGUUCGGUCCUUUUUCCAUGAGUAUUAUUAAUCGCAGUGUAGCUCUGCUCCCUUGAUUUCUUUAGUCCUUCAGAAUCUUUCCUCCUCCUCGAUCAGUAGACUGGUGCGCGUCCUCGUGGAGCAAUACCCUCACCUUUUUGAAGUUCUUACUUAUCGGGCUUUCUUUCCGAGCUCGAGGAGAGAAGAAAAAGGCUUCCUCGAUCGCUCCCUUUGAUGCUCCUUGCUGGUUUCGAUAUAAAGUUGCGAUUUUGCAGGUUGGGUUUGGUUCAAGAUCUCUCCUUUGGCGUUGUUCGUCUGUGGCGAUGUGAUAGAUUGGAGGAAGAGGCGAAAGCGAAGUUUUGUUUGAGCUUUCCGGUUUGGAUUUGUUCUAUGAAGGAGCAGCAGGACGGGACGUUGACGCGGAAAAAUGUAUGGCCGCGGCUUCUCUUCGGGUUGCUGCUGCUGCUGCUUUUGGCUAUUUGUGGAUCUAAAGGUCCUUACUUUAAAUUAUAUCCAAUCUCUCGAAGAAUGUUGCUUCAGACAAUAAUUGGUUCACCAGCUGGUGAUGCUAAGAUGGAAAUUAAUACAUCAAAGCUGCCGAGAAUAUCCUCCUUUCCACAUCUUCAAACACUAAAUCUUGACACCUCUUUAACAGAAUCAGAGAGCAUGCCAAAUAGCAGUGCUCCCAGUCUUUCAAUGGUCACUCAAGGAACUCCUUCUAUCAUCAUGCCUAAGCUUGAGAUUCUGCCACCUACUAGCCAUGCAGUAGUACCAUCAAUACCUCCUAGCUCUUUGUCUGAUCACAUUACUGAGCAACAUAAGCAGAUAGAAGUGGAACCUCCUAAGGCGAGUGUAGUUCCUGAUGCUCCCACUCCAAAAGCUACUUCUAGAACAGGAAUUCCUCAGGCUGAUUGGCAUGGAAAAGCACACGACAACAGUCGUCUAGCUGCAGCACCUGUAGCUCAUGGGCCUGUGGCAUCUCCUGUAAUAGUCAUUUCUCCUGCCAUCCACGAGAAUAGCCACAUACCAGUUGCUGCACCUCCUCUCAAUUUGUUUAACCAUCCAACCCCAGUCAAUUAUUCAAAUGCAAAUGAGCCUAUUGCAUCUCCGGUAACAGCACCAUCAGUUCCUCCACCUCCAGAGGAUUUAGCUAACCAUACAACCCCUGAUAAUGAUUCCUAUAUUAAAGGGCCUGCAAUAUCUCCAGCGACAACCAUUUCUCCUGCCAUCCGUGAGAAUAGUAGCAUACCUGUUGCUGCACCACCACUCAAUUUGCUUAACCAUUCAACACCUGUUAAUUAUUCACAUGAGCCUGCUCGGUCUCCCGUAACUGUACCACCUCCUGUUUUUCAUGAGAGUCAUGGUAUGCCAGUUGCUUCACCACCAGAGGAUCUAUCUAACUAUGCAGCCCCUACUAAUGGUUCCCGUCCUGAAGGGCCUGCUACACCUCCAGUAACAGCCUAUUCUCCUGCCUUCCACGACAAUAGUGGCAUACCACUUGCUGCACCCCCACAAAGUUUAUCAAACCAAACGAACCCUUUAAAUUAUUCUCAUGCAAAAGGUCCUAUCAAAUCUCCUGUAACAGCACCAUCUCCCGCUCUUCAUGGGAGUCAUGGCAUCCCAGUUGCUCCAUCCCCAGAAGAUUUAUCUAACUAUUCAGCCCCAGUAACUGAAGGACCUGUUGUGUCACCAGUGACUGCCUUACCACCUACCGUCCAUGUGAAUCCUGUUACACCUGUCGCUGCACCUCCAGAAGAUCUAUCCAAUAAUAGAACCCAUCAUAACGAUUCUAACACAAAAGGGACAAAUACACAAUUUGGAGGUCCUGCUGUAUCUCCAGUAGUAGCACCACCACCUUCCAUCCAUGAGAAUUAUGGCAUGCCGGUUGCUGGUCCUCCCGAAGGAGUAUCCAGCCAUGUCCCUCCUAGAAAUGAUAGACAGAAUUAUGGCAUGCCAGUUGCUGCGCCUCCCGAAGGAGUAUCCAGUCAUGUCCCCCCUAGAAAUGAUAGACACUCAGGAGGUUCUUUACCUGCAAUGAGCCCUGCACCUCAUGAAGCCGAGGUGCCUUCUGAUAAUGCUCAUGGUCCUCUUAGUUCUCAUACACAGCCUCCAUCAGAAACAGUACCUGAGAGUCCUCCACCUGUGCCUGCAGCUUCAUCUCAUCAUCACCAAUUUACACCAAGGAAAAGGGCAGGAAACCCUUCAUCUGCUCCAUCUCCACUGCACACUCCUGAUUCUUACUAUCCUGCACCACCCUCCCUGAUUAGGCCAAAGGUUCAUGCCCCACCACCACAUAAUCAAGAUAAUCAAGGAACCCCUAGACCUGCUCAAUCAAGAGUGGCUCCAUCCACUCAUCAUGGAGGGCCUAUUCAGUUUCCUGCAAUGUCUCCAUUUGGAUUUGUGAAGCCAAAAGCACCAAAGAUGCGACCUAUCCAUGCACUUCCACCUCCACCUCCUAAUUUAGAUUGUACACCUCCAUCUUGCCGUGACCCUUAUACAAAUAGCCGUCCAGGAUCACCCUGCACCUGUGUUUUGCCAAUGAAUGUUGGACUGCGCCUAAGCAUUCCAUUGAUUACAUUCUUUCCCUGGGUCUUUGACUUUGCUCAAGAAAUUGCAUCCGGAACAUCUAUUGAACAAAGUCAGGUGCGGAUCAUGGGAGCAAAUGCUGCCAACGAGCUGCCUGAUAAGACUGAUGUUCUCAUUGAUCUGCUGCCUUUUGGAGAUCAAUUUGAGAACAGCACAGUGUUCUCAAUUUCUCAGAAGUUCUGGCACAAAGAGUUGUUCAUAAACUCAUCUUUGUUUGGUGACUAUCUGGUGCUUUAUGUCACUUACCCAGGUCUUCCUUCACCACCUAUGGCGCCAGGAAGCAUAGAUAACCAUGGAUCAUCUGGUGGUGACAGUAGUUCUAGGACUUUACACCCAUUUGCAGUCGAUGUGGGAAAGCGAGAAGGAAAACAAAAUCACAGCAUAGUAGCUAUUCUGGUUCUUUCAGCUGUUAUAACUUCCAUUUUAUGCAUCGGAGUUGUAUGGAUUUUGCUAUUGAAAUAUAGAACUAGGUCUCGUCUUUCACAAGCUCCUCAAGGUUUGAGAAACUCACUCACAAAGGAAGCAGGGACUGAUCCAACCAUGAUCAAAAGCAGGCCAACAUCAGCUUCAGCAUCUUUCAGCUCUAGUAUACGAACAUAUGCAGGAACAACAAAAACUUUUAGUUUACAUGAGAUGGAACAGGCCACAAAUAGUUUUGACCACUCAAAAAUAAUUGGUGAAGGUGGUUUUGGACGUGUUUACGAAGGCACACUUGAAGACGGUAUGAAGGUGGCCAUUAAGGUUCUUAAGAGAGAUGACCGACAAGGUAACCGAGAGUUCUUGGCUGAGGUUGAGAUGCUGAGUCGAUUGCAUCAUAGGAAUUUGAUUAAGUUGAUUGGUAUAUGCACGGAGGUGGACAACUGUCUAGUUUAUGAACUUGUUCGGAAUGGCAGCGUAGACUCUCAUUUAUAUGGUGCGGACAAGGAAGUUGCUCCACUUAACUGGUAUGCUAGGCUGAAGAUUGCACUUGGUGCUGCUCGAGGUCUAGCCUAUCUGCAUGAAGAUUCAAAUCCUCGUGUUAUACAUCGCGACUUCAAAUCAAGCAACAUAUUGCUGGAAGAAGAUUUCAAUCCCAAGGUGUCUGAUUUUGGUCUAGCAAGGGCAGCUAAGGGAGAAGGAAACGAGUACAUCUCCACGCGUGUUAUGGGAACUUUCGGCUAUGUGGCCCCUGAAUAUGCCAUGACCGGGCAUCUUCUCGUCAAGAGUGAUGUUUACAGCUAUGGAGUUGUACUUCUUGAACUGCUUACUGGAAGGAAACCUGUAGACAUGCUGCGACCUCCAGGGCAAGAGAAUUUAGUCACAUGGGCACGACCACUUCUCUCAAAUAGGGACAGCCUAGAAUCGAUUAUAGAUCCAUCUCUUUACCCUGACAUUACACUUGACAGUUUGACAAAGGUGGCUGCCAUUGCUUCAAUGUGCGUGCAGCCUGAAGUUGACCAGCGACCGUUCAUGGGUGAAGUGGUUCAAGCGCUAAAAUUAGUAUGCAACACAGGAGAUGAUUUUAGUAGAGUAUCCGGAAGUUGUAGCUUGGAGGAGACAUCGAUACUAGAGGAACGGCCAAGGAUCAGCACGGGGUGGGACUUGGGGUCAGAGAGAAUGCUCCCUGAGCCUGAUGUAUUCAGUAUGUCUGCAAGGUUUACAAGGGAUGCAUCAGGUUCAUUUCGCCGCUAUUCUAGCUCAGGUCCUCUGAGGCCGGGCAGUAGUAGCCUGCAAUUUUGGCAUCAAACAAGAGGCUUGACAUCAGGAAGUGCUAGUGAGCAUGGCAAUUUAGACAGGGGUUUGAAGACUGGUGACCAAUUGGUGUAAACUAGCACACUGCAACUCGAAUUGGCGAGAAGAACACUGGGUACUCCCCCCAGUAGAAUUUUGAAUUUUCUACUGAGGUGAACAAGGAUCACUGCAAGCCUUCUGUUCAAUGAUUCGAAAUGGACAAUUUCCCUCUUCUAUACAACAAUGUUUGAUCUUUUCUACUUUUUGUUUUGGUUAAAAGAGUCAUUUUGAGCGGUAAGAGUCAAAAUUAAGAUUGCUGUGCUACUUAAUUACCAUAGCAGUGCUGUUCAUGCAAUCUGUAAUUCAAAGCCUUCUGUAUCUGAUUUCUAAACUUCAUCUGAAAGUUUGCAAAUGCUUUAUACA